AUGGGGGAUGGACCUUACAAAUGUGCAGAGAGUGGGAAGAGCUUCCUCCGGAGUGCUGAGCUCAUUCUGCAUCAGAGAACUCACACGGGUGAGAGCCCCUACAAAUGCCUGGAGUGUGGGAAGAGCUUCAGCAUCCACUCCAACCUUAUUAACCACCAGAGAAUCCAUGUGGGGGAGAGACCCUAUAGCAGUAUGGAGUGUGGGAAGAGCUUUGGCCGGAGCGCAGACCUUAUUAAAUAUCAGAGGACCCACACUGGGGAGAGGCCCUAUAAAUGCCCUCAGUGCAGGAAGACCUCAGACCUGGUGAAACAUCAGCAGAUCCACACAGGAGAGAAGCCCUAUCAGUGUGCUGAGUGUGGGAAAUGUUUCCGGCAGAGCUCGGACCUGGUCAAACACCAGAGGACUCACAUGGGAGAUAAGGCAGAGAAGAUGCCCUACCAGACUGCCGAGUGCGGGAAAACCUUCGCUCAGACCUUGACCCUGGUUAGACACCAGAUCACCCACACGGGAGAGAGACCCUACAAAUGUCCGGACUGCAGGAAAGGCUUCCGCCACAGCUCCAACCUCCUCCAGCAUCGCAGGACCCACACAGGGGAGAGAGCCUACCCCUGCACCAUCUGCGGGAAGAACUUUGGGAUGAGCUCGCACCUCGUCAAGCAUCGGAGAACCCAUACUGGGGAGAGACCCUAG